AUGGCAAUAUCAUGUUUGGGAUUCCAAUUGAUUUUGAUGUUCAUCCUUGCUUCUGUCAUUGCGGACCCAACGUUUAUACCAUGGCCCCGAGAAUUUGAACCUGGCUGUCUAUCAAAAGUGCUGCAGGGACUUGCAGACGUGAACCCAAGAUCAGCAAAAGAUAACAGAAUAUACCUUGCGUACAAGGAAAAGACAGGCCCAGAAGAGGUUGCUCGUAACAUACUUAGCAGACUUGAUUGGUUGGAUGAUUACGAAGGUGAAGAGCCCAGAUACCUUUGCGCGGCGAGUUUUGGUGAUAAAAGAAUGAGUCAGAUAGCGGUCAAUAGCUACCCCUGGACUUUGCCCAGCGGAAUGAAAGAUUAUCUCUUGUGGAUGAGAUUCCCAAUACUGAACCGAGCCACCUUAGAAUUGAGAAAGGGGGAAGUGUUUCCCUCAGAAAAAUACUACGAAGAAGGUAGACUAGAUGCUUUGGUUGAGUAUAUUGAACAUACUGAUUUUGUGGGGUACGUUGGGGCGAUGAGUCAAGACGAGAUUGCCAAAUUGGAGCCAUUGGAAACUUAUCAUCCCAACAACAAAAUAUAUGUCACAAGCAAUGGGCACACAAUCACUCGUAAAGAGGCGUGGGAAGCCAAUCAAUGGGCUGGAAGGCACUUGAAUGCUUUUCUCAAAAUGAAGUUCAAGAAUAAGGAAGUGGUGUGGACUAGGAGCCCCAUGUGGUACAAGGGUGUUCAGACAAUUGAUCAUGCAGUGAUUAUUGUGAAGGAUUGA